CGUCUGUGCCCGCACGCCUGGCCACACCAGAACGUUUCUGAAAGUUUACAUGACUGACCGCUUCUCACGCGCUCGUGGAUUAGCCUAUACCCGGCCAUUCUCCGUUGAUAUCUAACCUUUGACCUAUCAAGGCUGGAUUUGUGUGGUCACCCCUCUGGAGCGGAACCACUGUCACCACAGUCACAGCCGUGCUGCCAUUGGACACUGCUCUCACUGCUCAAGCACCUAGACACCGGCCAGUGCUUCUUUGAGACUCCCGCAGAUAUCUGACUUUGAGAUGGAGAGCAGCAACAUGUCGCUUUUACCUCUACUUCUACUGUGCCUUGCCAUUGCCACUUCAGCAUCCCAGCAGACCUGUGAGCCAGUGGCGGUCCCUGAAAACCAGAAUGCCUGGAUCAGGUUGAGAGAGAUGCUUCCAGGCUGCUGGACCAACUACACCACUCAGGACGGCAAAGAAGUUCACAUCCUCAGCCUGCACUACACACCUGAGGCUCCCAACAUGUUUACACUGAAUAUGACCGCUGCCCAGCCAAUGCACCUCAUCAUCACCACAGACUCAAAGCAGAUCAUAUACACUGAGGCCCAUGCUAACGCGGAUGUCAGCUUUUACGUGGCAAAUGACUCCAAUAUGCAAUUCAUGGGUACAGUGAACGUCCAGAAAAAAGCUUUUCCCACAGACAAUGAAGCUAUAGUGAGGUGGGCCGCCGAGAAGUUUGGUGGGGUGACGUCCUUCACCACCAUCCAGAACCCAAUGAGCAUCGCUUCCACAGGGAGAGAGGGAACAAGACUCCUUCCAACUGGCUCCAACAACUGUACUCUUGAAAACGAAUGGCAUGCGCUCAAGCACUAUCUGAAGUUAGAAUCAAACAUGCGUUUGCUCAAAUCCUGUUCGAACCAGCUUCCCCACAGCCACACUGAGAAAGAACUGUACAUCGUCAACAUCCCUGAGGAUGUCAGCAUUCGCCAUGUCUCUGUGCACGUCAUCAGUGAGAGGCAGAUCAGUCUGUUCCUAAGAGGACCUCAGGGUACCAUGUGGAGCAUCCAUGACCCAAAGCACACCAGCUUCAGUUCCAACAACGUGAUCAUGCUUGCUGCCACCAGCAUGAUGCAUCAGAUCCCUCCCACUAUCAACAUCUCCACAGACAGUGCUGAUGCUGUACAGAAGAAGGCCUUGGACCAUUUCAGAGCCAGUACCAUCACCAGCUACUCUGAGAUCCGAACCAAUGCCACCAUGAUCACACUGGUCCUAGGGAAUAAGGACCACACUUCAGUCAAAGAGGCUGCACCAACCGAGACAACCCCAUCGCCCCCUAGCCCCCCUCAGAUGCCUCUGCUCAUGCAACUGUACACCUCUCCAGACUAUCGCUCCCCUCUGGACCCCAACACCAAGGUGCAGAGCGACAAGAGGAUCUACGCAGAGAUCUCAGGGCGGACACUGGGGGAGAUUGUCCUGACCAUCAAGGUGAUCAACUGCUCGGUGCGCUCCAAGGGCUCUUGCCCGGUGGUGAGGGACAUGCCCUUCAGGCCAGAGGAAUGCUCCUCCACCGUGUGCCCCAACAGUACCAGGGUUAGCUUCUCCUUAGAGCUGCUCCAAGACCUGGCCUCCACUAGCUGGGACCUGGAGUGCUCCGUCAAACUCUGCUUCAGCGAGAAAUGUGGAGAUGGAGGAAGAGUGAAGAGGAACUUGGAGGUCACCCAGACAUACAUCCCACCACCAAUGGCGUGUAUUGACUUUGGUCUGUCAGCCGUGCUGGGCAUCGCCUUUGGAGGCUUCCUGAUCGGAGUUCUGCUCAUCGGAGCUCUGUGGUUCAUCAAGAUCCGCACAGGAUACCCCACCGGACUGGAUGUAGGGUCGACUACUGCAAACCUCUCGAGAUGUCCUUGCUCUCUGACCAGCAAACGGCAACCUGUCUCCAACAACCCCUCCCCCUCUGAGAACAGUAGUGCCAAUGCCAGCAUUGGCAGCACUCAGAGCACGCCAACAAGCAGCAUGGCAUGACACCAUCACCAACACCGUCUCCCCUCUCCGUCACACUGAGGGGGCUCCAUGCUAUUUGGUUUCUCUUUCACAAUGCUUAAGAAAGCAUUACCCCCCUCUCUUUAGUCACACCACAUCACGCACCCUUCCUCACCAACCUGAGGGGGGGGGUUAGGUCGGGGAGGGACAGCUGUAGUCUAGUCCAGGCUCCUAACACCCUCCUCUCCGGCCUCCCAGCAAACGUUCCAGACCGGAAGUCAGAGAGGGUGGGGGGAAAAAUGCCCUGGCUCCCAGCAACAGGAAAAACAAAGCAUAUCCCCAAGAACUAACAGGAAAUUCACUGCAUUCUUUUCAAUGAAUUGUGCCUCUCUGAUGGCGGCACAAUAAGAGUGAGUCAGGGGGGG